UUCUGACGAGUCGACUUCGGACAUGUACAUCUCCGAGAAGUCAUCUCAGUAAAUUGAUCACCGGCAAGAUGCGGUUGGAGAAGGCUUCAUCUCGACGCCCCGUCCCUGCGAUGCACUGUGUCGUGAUAUUGCUUGCUCUCAUGAUACCAGCUGUAAUAUCCAGAGCAGGAAUAAUUUCAAUGAAACUCCAACCUGAUUUAUAUGCUCAAAUUGCGUACUCUUUGAACGAUGAAGGAUGCGAUAUAAAUGGCACGACGAAGAGCUAUGGCGGAGAGUUCAGUCUGGACAUCACGGGGCCGUGUGUCACCUAUCUCUGUAGCACCACCGGUGUCAGCAUGAAGGAAGGCGCAGGCUGCAUGGGAGAAGAUGGUUGUGUGGCGGGACUGGAACGGUAUGGUUGCCAGGCAUUCGUGUGCAAGAACUCGGGCCACACAUUCAAUGGGAAAAAGUACAUGUGGAUCGUCGACACCAAUGCUAAAGAGCAAUGUGGGAUACUAGACGAACAGAACUGCUACGAGCUGGACAAAUGGUACAUGGUGCUCAACUUCCAGUGUAUGUGUGAGUCCACUACAGAGGUGGUGUGCAGUUUGAACGAGCAGUCCAGCACUCCUGCUGCUGUCGCGAACACUUCUGAUGACAUUGUCUGACCCUUCAUCCACAUCCAGAACCACUGGGUCUUAUGCAGCUCGACUAAUAAUCUGUUGCCAGGAUAACUGUGUUUCAUUAUCCAAUCCCUCAUAAUCCAUAUUUUUUAAGUCAAAUGGUAUUUUGGAUAUUUUAUCAAUGUUCGAUAGGACAUUUUCAUGGUUUUAUCAACUUGGAACAUUCAUCCAUGUCAUUACCUAAUCUUAAAACAUUUCAUCUUAAGACGUAUUAAGAUGAUUUAAAUUACUUGGUGAUUGAAAAGUCCUCCUGGAAACAGAUGGCAAUUAAAAGCGUUUCACUGACAAUUUACUAUUGAAAACCUAUCCUUCACUAGACAACUGUAUAUGCAUUCAUAUCGAUAAUCAAUCCUGGCUUUCUCGUGUUUCUGAUUUCCUUCUAAUGAUGCUGACUCCUUUUUGUGAACGCAUUUCUAGUAUACUGGACACAAGUCAUCAUCUGAACAAAUGAAUUAUUAUUGAUCGAUAUCAACGCGUUUGUAAACUCACGUAUUUCAAGUCCACAUAACCAAGGCUGUUUUCAUUCACAUGUGUUAAGGUGUCGUGAAAAAUAAAAACGUCUACUGCGA